AUGGCCAGCGCCAAGUCUCUUGUUAUUUCCCUACUUGUGAGCCAGGUAUCAUGGAGCGAUGGCGCUGCGAUUGUUCCCAGGUCAGACGUACCUCCUGGAUAUGUCGCUGCAUCGUAUUAUCCAGCGCCAUACGGCGGUUGGACAUCAGACUGGGCGGACAGCUAUGACAGAGCAAAAGCCCUUGUUGAUCGUAUGACUCUUGCCGAGAAGACGAACAUCACUUCCGGGUCGGGCAUUUUCAUGGGCUGCGUAACUGAUGUGCAAAAACAUCUAUUAACCUGCUUCAGCCGUUGUGUGGGCAACACUGGUAGUGCCCUUCGUGUUGGCUUCCCCCAACUCUGUCUCGCAGAUUCAGCAACCGGUGUCCGCCAAGCUGACAAUGUCACCGUAUUUCCGUCUGGAAUUACGACCGGCGCAACUUUUGACAAGGACUUGAUAUACGCUCGAGGCGUUGCCAUUGGUAAGGAGUUUCGAGGCAAAGGUGCAAACAUCUAUCUCGGACCGAGCGUUGGGCCCUUGGGGCGUAAGCCCAAGGGUGGGCGCAACUGGGAAGGAUUCGGCAGUGACCCUGUAUUGCAGGGCAUAGGUGCUGCAUUGACGAUCAAGGGUGUUCAGGAACAGGGCGUUAUCGCCACCAUCAAGCAUCUUGUCGGUAACGAGCAGGAAAUGUACCGUAUGUACAACCCGCUUCAACAGGGUUACAGCUCUAACAUCGGUUCGUCUUCUUCAAUCUUCAACUUUGGAUCAAUCAGUUCUGACAACACAGAUGAUCGAACUUUGCACGAGUUGUAUCUCUGGCCGUUUGCUGAUGGCGUGCGGGCGGGUGUUGGCUCUGUUAUGACGGCAUACAACGCGGUUAACGGGUCUGCCUGCAGCCAAAAUAGUUACCUGAUAAAUGGCAUUCUCAAGGACGAACUCGGCUUUCAAGGCUUCGUCAUGUCGGACUGGCUGUCACACAUGAGCGGUGUCGAUUCUGCUCUUGCAGGCCUCGACAUGAACAUGCCAGGAGACACCCAGGUCCCCCUUUUCGGUUACAGCUACUGGAUGUACGAUCUUACAAGAUCUGUACUGAAUGGCUCUGUCCCUAUGGAGCGCCUUAACGACAUGACGACAAGAAUCAUUGCGACCUGGUAUCAACUUGGUCAAGACCAGGGUUACCCUUCCCUGAACUUCGCCACAUCAACCCGCAGCCGGGAGGGCCAGCUGUACCCUGGAGCAUGGCCCUUUAGCCCAAGCGGUGUCAUCAAUGAGUUCGUUCAAGUCCAAGACAAUCAUCACCUUGUAGCCAGGCAAGUGGCGCAGGAGGCGAUCACAUUGCUCAAGAACGCGGGCAACCUCCUGCCUAUCACAACCUCCGCCCCUAUUAAGGUGUUUGGCACACACGCCCAGACAAAUCCCGAUGGACCGAAUGCCUGUCUCGAUAGGAGUUGCAACAAGGGUCUCCUCGGUAUUGGAUGGGGAUCAGGCACCGUCGACUACGAGUACCUGGAUGAUCCAAUCACUGCCUUCAAAAAAAGAGCCAGCAAUGUCGUAUACUACAACAACGACAACUUCCCCUCGGUUCCUACUCCGACAGGUGACGAUGUAGCUUUUGUGUUCAUUACUUCUGACUCGGGAGAGAACCAGUACGUAGUAGAAGGCAACAAUGGCGACCGGAGCGCGUCUGGGCUUAACGCUUGGCACAACGGCAACAAGCUUGUCAAGGACGCCGCCGCCAAGUACGCCAAUGUGGUUGUCGUGAUCCACACAGUUGGGCCUAUUCUUGUUGACGAGUGGAUCGAUCUUCCCAGCGUCAAGUCUGUGCUCGUGGCUCACUUGCCAGGUCAAGAGGCCGGAGAGUCGCUUGCUAACAUCGUCUUCGGCAACGCCUCUCCCUCAGGGCAUCUUCCGUACAGCAUGACAAAGAAGGAGUCUGACCUGCCGGACUCCGUCACACAGCUCACUGGCGGCUCUCUUGGCCAGCCUCAAGAUACCUACUCGGAGGGCUUGUACAUCGACUAUCGUUACCUCAACAAGAACGGCAUUAAGCCGCGUUUCGCGUUCGGCCAUGGACUUAGCUACACAAACUUCACCUUCUCCGAUGCGACCAUUCAAUCCGUCACCCCUCUUAGCGCGACCCCUCCUGCUCGUGCUGCAAAGGGCGACGUGUUGGAGUAUGAUGCCCCUAUCCCUGACUGGACGGAAGGCGUUGCCCCUUCGGGCUUCAACAAGAUCUUCAGAUACAUCUACUCCUGGUGUACCGAGGGUGAGGCAAAAGAAGCCGUCGAGAACGCUAAGACGAAGAAGUAUCCCUACCCGCCCGGCUACAGCACCGCUCAAAAGCCCGGCCCGGUGGCCGGUGGUGCGCAGGGCGGUAACCCAGCUCUGUUUGAUGUCAUGUUCACCGUCUCGGUGAAAGUGACUAACACGGGCACGAAGCACUCGGGCAAGGCAUCGGCUCAGGCGUAUGUGCAGUUCCCCGAGGGCGGUCCGGAAACACCCAUCAUUCAGCUCAGGGACUUUGAGAAGACAAAAGUCCUCGCCCCCGGUGAGAGUACUACUGUUCAGCUGAAGUUGACGAGAAGGGAUGUAAGUGUUUGGGAUGUCGUCAGCCAGAACUGGGUUGUGCCGAAGCUCGACGGCAGGUACAAGAUUUGGGUUGGGGAUGCGAGUGACCGGCUAUUUUUGGCUUGCUAUACGGACUCGAAGCAGUGCGAACAGGGCCUCAAUAGCCCCGUGUAA